AUGUUAUUUAGACUGAUCAAUAGAACGUUUAUUCUACCAUCAGCUGGGUUUGCUGCAGGCUUUAUUAGUUUUGGUCAAGCGUGGCAGACAGGAUCUGAAUCUCAGGGCCAGGGACCGCGGAAUGAAUCCGAACAAAGGGUAGAUAUCUUGGAUAGAUUAGCACAAACGGAGGAAUUUAAGAAGUUGACAGAGAACUUUGUAAUGAUGCGGCAGUCAGAAUUGGUUCCCGGUAAACAUAGAAACAAUAGUAUAUCUCAGGGGCUCUUGUUUGGUAGGAACCAUAUUGAAAUUGAUCCGGUUAUAUUUCAAGAUCAUGAGAAUCGUUCAAUGACAGCUUUUUACCAUUUAGGUGAGGGCCUCAGCUCUGAGAACGGUAAUAUUCAUAAAGGAGUCUUGGCUUUGUUGUUAGAUGAAGCGUUGUGCUUUUGUGGGUUUCCUACACUACCAAACAAGAAGGGUGUAACAGGUCGUUUAAACAUCAAGUACCAGCGAGAUAUUCCUGCGGACUCCACCCUAGCAUUGAGGGCGCAUGUGGUUGAAACCAAAGGUCGUAAAUGUAUCAUCAAGGGUACAUUGGAAUCGGUACCCGAAAAGUCGAGUUCCUGGAAGCUGGGAAGCGGUUCUCCCACUGUGUAUGCCGAAGCAGAAUGUAUUCUCGUUGAGCCCAGGUGGUACAAGUAUGUGACGUGGCUAUCAUUUUUCUAA